CGGGCGCCAGCGCUCUGUCCAUGUCGCAGCGGAUCACCGCGGGGAACCGUCUGCUGUCCCUCCCUGCACAGCACACUGAGGUGCCGCUGGAUAAGCUGAAUGAGGUCCGCGAGGUGUUGAGCAAGGACUGUGGUGCGGAAUGCGUGAAGUACUGGGAUUCCGUGAUGUCGACUGCACAGAAGGAUGGCAAAACGGUCCUGUCUGCACUUCAGGAACAAACCGCUGACACUUUCAACAAAAUGAAGGAAUUCCAAGCCGCUGUGGAGCAUGAGGACCCGACCACGGCGCUAGCUGAGUUCCAGGCAACCCACAGCGCCUUUUUGAAAGAGCGCAGCACCUUGUCGUCUGCUGUUCCAAUGAUGGACGCGCCCUGCUUUUUAUCAUAAACAAAACUACCAAAAUGCCCAGACAACAAUGUAAUUCUUGCAUUCAGUACUGAAACUCAGGUGUAUUCACGGAGUGACGGAGAGCUUAGUUAGAGCUUACAUGCGGUUUGAGAAUCGGACAGAAAUGGUAUUUUUGUUUGGCAUACCUUGACGCCAAGUCCUGCAAGCUGGUGGAGGCACUGGGCAACCGCUGCAACUUCGGUCGUGUCGCGACCCUGGCCAUCUACCAAGCCAUCAACCUCCCAAUCCAUGUAUUGGGUGUUGCGACCAAAAUUCUGUGUGCCUGCAUCGACGUUUACACCGCCAGCACGUGCUUGCUCAGAUUCGCUCCGUUUUGCGGACCGGUCCACUCGUUGAUGGGAAAGGUCUGGGGCAUCAAUAAUUCGGUUUGGG